AACUCUUAUCGACUCAGGCGUGCACUCACUCCCAUGAAAAAGCUCAGCCCCAUCGCCGCCAUGAACAACCCAUUCGAUUUCUUCACCGACGAGAUCAUCCACGCCGUCCUCGACCACCUAGACGACGACCCAUUUACUAGAAAGUCCUUCUCUCUCGUCUGCAAGUCCUUCUACCUCCUCGAGCGCCUCCACCGCAAAUCCCUCAAGCCCCUCCGCUCCGAGCUCCUCCACAGAGUCCUCCCCCGCUACCCUUCGAUUUCCCACCUCGAUCUCUCCUGCUGUCCACGCGUCAACGACCCCUUACUCGCCUCACUCUCUGCUUCCUGGAAGUCCACUCUCCGUUCGAUCAAUCUCUCACGCUCCAGACACUUCACAGCCACUGGGCUGCGUAGGUUGACGGAGAACUGUUCUUUUUUGGUGGAAAUUGACUUGUCGAACGGCACUGAGUUGACUGACGCGGCGGCUGAGGCUGUGGCGGAGGCCAAGAACUUGGAGAGGUUGAUGCUGGCAAGGUGUAAGUUGAUUACGGAUAUCGGGAUUGGUUGUGUGGCUGUUGGGUGUAGAAAGCUGAGAUUGCUCUGCUUGAGAUGGUGCAUACGUGUCACUGAUCUGGGCGUUGGAUUUAUCGCUAUGAAAUGCAAGGAGCUUCGGAGCUUGGAUCUCUCUUGCUUGCCGAUCACAGAAAAAUGUCUUCCACCGAUCCUGCAACUACAACAUCUUGAAGAUUUGGUUCUUGAAGGAUGCCUUGGAAUUGAUGACGAAGGCCUUGCAACACUUAACCAUAGCUGCAAGUCCCUCAAGAUGCUUAAUUUGUCGAAAUGUCAGAAUAUCAGUCACGUGGGUUUGUCUUCUCUGACAAAUGGUGCUGAACACCUGAAGCAGCUUGUCUUAGCAUAUGGUCCUGCGGUCACCACUGACUUGGGAAAAUGCCUACUUAAUUAUUCGAGAUUGAAAUCAAUUAGACUAGAUGGCUGUUUGGUCACAUGUUCUGCCACAAAAGCCAUUGGAAGUUGGUGUGCCUCACUGACUGAGCUGAGCUUAAGUAAGUGCUCGGGAGUGACGGAUGAGUGUGUCUCAUUCCUUGUGCAAUCCCAUAGAGAGUUACUGAAAUUAGACAUCACUUGCUGCCGCAAAAUAACUUAUGCCUCUAUAGAGUGCAUAACAAGAUCAUGCACCUCCCUCACUUCCCUCAGGAUGGAAUCGUGUAGCCUUGUUUCUGAAGACGCUUUUCUCUUGAUAGGACAGCGUUGCCAAUUCUUGGAGGAAUUGGAUGUCACAGACAACGAAAUCAACAAUGAAGGCUUAAAGUAUAUCUCAAGAUGUUCCAAACUUCGUAGUCUAAAGCUGGGGAUCUGCUUGAACAUUACUGAUGAUGGACUUUCACAUGUUGGAAGUGGAUGUCCAAAGCUUAAAGAGCUCGAUUUGUACAGGUCCACGGGAAUAACUGAUGCCGGCAUUGCAAAAAUGGCCUGUGGUUGUCCUGCAAUGGAGAUGAUUAACAUUGCAUAUAACGAUAAAAUUACAGAUUCUUCAUUAAUAUCGUUGUCACAGUGUUUGAGGUUAAGGAUACUUGAAAUUCGAGGAUGUCCUCGUGUCUCGACAGUGGGUCUUUCAACUAUUGCAAGGGCAUGCAGGGAACUUGAAGUUCUAGACAUAAAAAAGUGCGUCGACAUCAAUGAUAACGCAAUGUUUGCGCUUGGUCAAUUUUGCCAAAACCUCAGACAGAUAAACUUGUCAUAUUGUUCAGUCACCGAUGCUGGACUCUUAUCUCUUGCGAACACCAACCGCCUACAGAACAUUACUAUUUUACACUUGGCGGGAUUGACUCAGAACGGCCUUGCUGCUGCCCUAUUGGCUUGUGGAGGCCUAACAAAAGUAAAGCUCCACACGUCCUUCAAACCAUUGCUUCCUAAAUAUAUUUUUGAGCACAUGGAAGGCCGCGGUUGUGCGUUUCACUGGAGGGACAAGGCAUUCCAGGUGGAAAUAGAUCCAAAUGGAUGGCAACUGCAUGUUGGAAAGACCCCCUGAAGCGACGUAGAUUGAAAAACAGACAUGCAUAUGAAGUGCUUGUAACCCUUUAAGAUGUUUUUGAUACUUCGGCCAUAAAGCAAAAGCUUAUGUUAUCGAUACAUCGAAGAAAGGAAUCAAUAAGCGAGGCGAUCACUUUUAGACGGUUAAGCAGUAUUUUUCUACAUCUGCAAAGCGGAAAGUCUUCCGGUCUUUAUACCUUAUAAGUUUAUAACUCUUAACUAACAUUUGAAUUAGAGUCGGACACAAAAAUUAUUAUUUCAUUAUCAUUGAUAACAUUUAAAUACUUUUAUACUUUUGUACCAAACUUCAUCAAUUCAUUUUGGUUUUUUUAUUUAA